AUGGCCUCUGCCAGGAGCGGUGGCCGCACCGGGCCGAGAGACGAGGAGGCCAACGGCGACCUGGACCGCUCCCUGCAGCAGAUGCUGCGGGCGAUAGCGGAGGAGAGGAGCCGCGCCGGCCUCCGCCAAGAGAUCAGCGGCCUCGGGUGCUUCAAAGAUGACCGUAUUGUGUUCUGGACUUGGAUGUUUUCCACAUAUUUCAUGGAGAAAUGGGCCCCCCGGCAAGAUGACAUGCUCUUUUAUGUCCGCCGGAAACUCUCCUAUGUCACUGGGGAUAGUACAGAGGGGAAAAAGCAGGUUGAAGUUGAAGUUUACCGGAGAGAUUCUAAGAAGCUUCCCGGCCUGGGAGACCCUGACAUAGACUGGGAAGAGAGCGUCUACUUGAACCUCAUCCUACAGAAGCUGGAUUAUGUGGUGACGUGUGCUGUGUGCACACGCUCCGAUGGUGGUGAUAUUCACAUUCACAAAAAGAAAUCUCAGAAAGUGUUUGCGUCUCCUAGCAAACACCCAAUGGACAGCAAAGGAGAGGAGUCAAAGAUCAGCUAUCCAAACAUAUUCUUCAUGAUUGACAGUUUUGAAGAGGUUUUUAGUGACAUGACUGUGGGAGAAGGAGAAAUGGUCUGUGUGGAGCUGGUGGCCAGUGACAAAAGCAACACCUUCCAAGGGGUGAUUUUUCAGGGGUCCAUCCGCUAUGAAGCACUGAAGAAGGUCUAUGACAACAGGGUGAGUGUUGCAGCUAAGAUGGCCCAAAGAAUGUCUUUUGGCUUUUAUAAAUAUAACAACAUGGAGUUUGUCCGAAUGAAAGGGCCACAAGGGAAAGGACAUGCAGAGAUGGCAGUGAGCAGAGUUUCUACUGGUGACACUUCACCAUAUGGGACAGAAGAAGAUUCAAAUCCAGACUCACCAGUGCAAGAGAGAGUCACGUCUUUCAGCACACCGCCAACCCCCGAACGCAACAACCGCCCGUCCUUUUUCUCCCCAUCCCUCAAGAGAAAAGUGCCCCGAAAUCGCAUUGCUGAAAUGAAAAAAUCCCACUCAGCCAACGACAGCGAGGAGUUCUUCAGAGAUGAUGAUGGUGGAGAUCUGCACAACACCACGAAUCUGAGGUCGAGGUCCUUGUCUGGAACAGGACGCUCGCUGGUGGGCUCCUGGCUGAAGCUGAACAGAACAGAUGAGAACUUUCUACUCUAUGCACACUUAACUUACAUCACUUUGCCACUGCAUCGAAUCUUAACAGAUAUCCUGGAGGUGCGGCAGAAACCGAUUCUGAUGACAUAG